AUGCGAAUCCUUAUAUUUUUCACCGUUGGUCUGCUGUUACUUACUUCAGUGGAUAGCGAGUACACCUGCAAAGUAGUCGAAGAUGCUAAACCGGUAGAUGGUAUUCGCUCAAGAAACCCUCCGGAAAUACCAUUUGAUGGUGACAAACGUUUGAAAUUCAUCUUAGUAUAUGACCAGAAAGUUCAGUAUGGUGUGGCGUACGAUAAAAUCAGGCAUGUCAUGGAAUCUGCUACUGACUUCUGGUCAAAAGCACUGACUGUUAAAUUCAACAAUUGGGAAAAGUUACUGGUGAAGAGGGAAUGUGAAAACGGGUGGCUACAGUUAUCCAGAGUGGAAAAACUACCAGUCUGCAGAAGAAGUGAAUGCAAGGAAAUUAAACACUGUUACGGUUAUCCUAUACCUGAAAAUUUUUUGUCUGCGUGUUACUACAGAAAAUACGCUAAAAAUACAUUAAGGUAUGAUGAAGGGACUGGUGUUAAACCAAAUGAACUUGUGUUAUUUAUAACUAACGUCUUCGAUGAAACAUGUGCAGAAGGUGCAUUUGCCUGGGCUACACAUUGUGAACGAGAUCCUCAGAAUCAUAGACCUUUUAUGGGCAGAGUGAACUUUUGUUCUGAGGCCAGUUCACUUAAACCUAUCGAUGAUGCAUAUUUAACUGAUAUUGCGAAGCAUGAAAUAGGACAUGUAUUAGGAAUCAGUCCCACACUGUAUUCAAUGCUGCCUGAUUUGGAACCGCAAUUCACAAUAAACAAUAACCCAAGACCAGUUCAAAAUGUCACUCGAGAAUGGUUAACACCGAGAAGAAGGUUUACCGUGAAGAAAUUAGUAAUCCGAUUACCGAAAAUGCUUGAGGAAGCGAGAAAACACUUUGGUUGCUAUGAAUUGGAUGGAAUAGAACUGCAGAAUGGUCAUUUUAGUCAUAGAAUACUUGGUAAUGACCUGAUGACACCACACAAAAUGCCAGCAUCCGUGGUGUCGAGAAUAACUCUGGCCUAUAUGGAGGAUACAAACAUGUACAGUGUGGACUACUCAAUGGCUGAUGACCUCAAAUGGGGAAAGAAUUUAGGAUGUGACUUCGUGAUGAAAACGUGCUAUGAAUUCAUAAGGAAUAGGAAGUCGAGAAGACAAGAUAUCCAACCUUUCUGUGACAAUCCCAAGAAAAAAAGUUGUGUAAACUAUGACAAUGCUCGUGGUGCUUGCAAUAUAUUUAAGUACGACAAACCUUUACCUGAAGAGUACCAGUAUAUGGAUGAUUCAUUUAAUGUUUCUGCUGCGGAAAGACAGUAUUCUGGAGGAUGGGAUUUAAUGGAUUAUUGUCCAUUUAUAGAUAUUACUGGCACUCGCAAUAGUUUGCCUUCAGUGUGCCGAUACCCAUUUCCAACGCAAUUAGAUCCAAAUACUAAUAUUUUUCUUGAAGAAAUGGGUCCAGAUUCAGCUUGCUUUGAUUUUAAUAUAUGGAAGUAUGAAUUCGGAUUCGGAUUUACUGGUGAAGCAGCCUGUCACAGAUAUAAGUGUUCAAGGAGAGAUGGCCUUCAAAUAAUAAUCAAUAAUACACCAUUCGUAUGUCCAGUAGCUGGUGGACUUCAGGACAUUGAAAUUACUAUAGGACACCGUAAAAUCAAGGCGGUUGUAGAUUGUCCUAGAUGCUCAGAUUUAUGCAAGGAUGAAUGUCCAUGGAGAAGCUGAAGGAGAAUGAGAUACCUUAUUACUGCGAAUCGUCAUCGGUUGUCAUUGUGUUUCUUUUUUUUUUGGAUAC